UUCAAGGCCUGCAAAGAGAGGGGAUGCUGAGCUGCCCAGGCAGAGGAUUGCUUUUACCCCAAGGAGAAUGAGCAGGCAGUUUGCAGACACUGAGCGCUCUCUAGGGGGACCCCACUCUCUUCUCUGAGAAUCACUGGCUCUGUCUGUUGGGGGGCACUUGGUUUUUGGAUUGUUAGAACCCCCUGGGACGGUGACCAUGCAGCACCCCUUGGAGAUAGGGGCACAUUAUUUGCCCCCUGAAGCCUUUGCUGAUCACAGGUCCCAUCGCUACAGAAGUUUUAUGAUCGAGGAGAUUCUGACUGAUCACCAGGACUCCAAAGUGUCUCCGAAUUCUGGGGAUCUGCUGAAAUUCGGGGUACAAGCCCUGCUGUCAGCCAGACCCUAUCACAAUCACCUCGCCCUCCUGAAGGCAGAGCAGGCCUCGGUUUUCAAGUUCCCUCUGACCCCUCUUUCCUGCCCCGGACUCGGCUCCCCCAUCAGCUCUGCCCUGCUGGCGGCCGGCUCCGGACUGCAGGGAGGCCCAGGCUCCCCACACCACUUGCCUCUUGAGCUGCACCUCCGAGGGAAACUGGAGGCCGGGGUAUCAGAGCAGGGCAACAAAGCCAAGAAGGGCAGAAGGAGCAGGACGGUAUUCACCGAGUUACAGCUCAUGGGGCUGGAGAAGAGAUUUGAAAAGCAGAAAUACCUCUCCACCCCCGACAGAAUAGACCUGGCAGAAUCUCUGGGUCUCAGCCAGCUGCAGGUUAAGACUUGGUACCAGAACCGGAGGAUGAAAUGGAAGAAAAUAGUUUUACAGGGAGGGGGCCUGGAGUCCCCGACUAAACCCAAGGGUCGCCCCAAAAAGAACUCGAUCCCCAGCAGCGACCAACUCAAUGAGCAGGAGAGGGCAAAGGGGGCAGAAAAGCAAAGUGACAACGAGCACUCACCACCCCAAGUGACACAGGAGGAGUAGCAAACAAUUGCCCCUGGGCACAGAUACUUACCCUCCUGGAGAGAGACUCAUCCAUCUGAGGAGAGAGACUUACCCUCCUGGAGAGAGACUUACCCAUCUGAGGAGAGAGACUUACCCAUCUGAGGAGAGAGACUUACCCUCCUGGAAAGAGAGACUCAUCCAUCUGAGGAGAGAGACUUACCCUCCUGGAGAGAGACUUAUCCAUCUGAGGAGAGAGACUUACCCUCAUGGGCACAGAGACUCAUCCUCAUGGGCA